AGUGGGCACUGAAACUAAAACAGCAGCAAAACGAUUUGUUAAGGAACAGAGUGCGGCCUACAACUAAAUAAUUGAGAUGCAGCUGGUGGCACUGUUGGCAUUUUUACUCUCUUUAACAGGAAUUGCAAAAGUAACUGAUGCAGUUAAUGUCAACUCCGUAGCUUCUGCAAUUAACGCCAAAUUAUCCAGUCUUCUGGCUCCCAAAGCAGUGCCAAGACGAUUUAAGGGGUUGAAAUCUGCACCGGCACAGCCAAAGAUAGAUUUCCUACUGUUAUUGGACAGUAGUGGAAGCGUGAAGGCGAAGUAUUUUGAAUAUGAGAAACAAGGGGCACAGACACUUGUUGACUACAUCCACAACAAAGCACCUAUUGGAUAUUAUAAAUCACGUGUAGGACUGAUAGAAUACUCCGUGAACGCUCACUUUGAAUUCAAAUUUAACCAGUACAACACACCUACGGCGAUCAAGAACAGGAUUCGACUGGUCAAAUUUGACAACGGUAUGAGUGUUAACCGGUUUAACAUGAUACUUAGGUCACUUACAAUACUUAAGCUGCCUUACACAUUUUGA